AUGUCGGACUGGGGGCAGAGUAUCAAGGAAAAUAUAAGUUUGUUCCUUGACUCGGUAUUUGGCCCCGAAACCAACCCCAAGUACAAUACUUCGUACACAAGUACUGUCCAGAGCAAUGCGCCUCAACAUCCGCCGAAGUUUUAUCCUGGAGAUAAGUUUCAUGUCACACCAAGGGAGAGUUACAGGAGCCAAGCAUCCUCCACUUUUGUAGGAGUUCAGAAUGGAAACUCGUAUUACAGCCAAGAUGAUGAAAGGCCGAAGUUGAAGGUCUCCGCAGAGUUCAUCCAGCCAUUCAAUACCACCUUUCACACCCCCUCCAUUCUCCUCUUUACCUUCGAAUGUUCGGACGAAUGGGUCGUCUACUUCAAACAUCGGCUAGAAGAGGUUCUAUCUAGACAAGUCAACUAUGCGGAUUAUGCAGUCAUCGAUAAUGAGAUGCAACCAAUUACAGACCAGAUCAGGGUGGAAGGUCCAGAUAGGUUCAAUCCCAUCCAAGUUGUAGACGAGCAAACGAACGAGGUGAUCUGGGACAUCGCAAACCAUUCGAUCUGGAAUGUCCCUUGGGUACAUGAUUUGUUUUCAGUCGAACAGAGCCCGGAGAACAUCUUGAUUGUUGACCGUGCAAGUAGCAUUGCUGUGUAUGAGUGGGACAGGAGGUACAACGCAGGGAGAUGGCUCAUUCCUGAAAAUGUCAACGGUGCACCUCUGCCAAGCACGGACUUCGGAUUUGCAAGCCAAAGCACGCCCCCAUUGCCGCUUGCGAAGGAAGCUCUUGAGGUCGGGACGGACUUGCGCGGCGCUUCUCUACCUCAAGUUCAGAGUCUGCUCCAGACGCUUUCGCAGGAGCGCAAGACGAUCGAGCUGGUUGUGUUGCGCGGACCAGAUGCUGGGGGCCCAGCAAGGCAGCGGCUGCUGACCCUUCAGGCUCGCAAGAGUGGGCUGGGGCUUGCACUGGGGGUCCUCGACUCGAGAGACGCAGAGCCGUCGGAGUUGGAAGGAUAUGAGAACGAUGAUGGAAAUUCAGUUGGGUUGCUCGCGCAGAAUGCAUAUCUUGAACGAGCUAUUGAUGGACCGGGAACCAGUGUCAGCUCUGGGUCUGGUAUCGUGGUCGGAGCAGGAGCAGGAGCAGGAGCAGGAGCAGGAGCAGGAGCAGGUGCAGGAGCAGGAGCAGGAGCAGGAGCAGGAGCAGGAGCAGGAGCAGGAGCAGGAGCAGGAGCAGGAGCAGGAGCAGGGGCAGGAGCAGGAAGCGCGCGGGUGCCUGGCUCCGCCAGCUUGGACGACAGACGUGACUUCACGCCUAUGACCCAGAAGCCUGUGUUUCAAGAGUUCGUUGCUGGGCUGCAGUAUGUCAACACAGAAGAAUCAAAGCGGGAGAAGGGCUUGUCUCAGUCCAACAAGAUUGGUAUAGAAACCAUCAACGAGCGUGGAGUAGGUAAUCUUUCGCUCUUUGUCGCCCUCCGAUAG